AUUCGAUUAAUUAAAGGAAAUGGUCUGUUAUUAUCUUCUUGUGCCAUAUUCUGAGAAUCAAUCCUUGCUUAUAUUGGCUUGUCUAACUCAUCAGGACUACCUCCAAAGGACAAAAAAAGAAUCUGAAAUGCGACAAAUUCGUAUUAACACAAUUUCUAACAGAUAGCCAGCUUGACGAGGAAAAUGCAUAAACCAGCAGCCAGGAACAGUACCCAUCCCCUUCGAUCCCAGAUUCCCAGAUGGCGGCGGCCCGAUGCGAUCACCUGGAGGCAACAGCCGGUCCUCGCAUCGAGCCUUCAUCACCUGCGAAGAAAGCUGGACACUAUCAAAAGCCAGAAGAUGUUCCAUUCUUUCCUCAAGAUCUUCCGCCACCUCUCUUUCCUACCAAAGGUUACCCAAAGGUUUUGCACUCUUCUGCUUCACGGGUCUGUGUGAAUGAUGCAAUAUGGAAGAUGUAUUUUGAUGAAUUGCUCCCAUUAUUCACUGUGAAUGGUGAUGAUGGUAACUAUGCAGAAACAGUUGCAUUAGAUUUUGCAUGUCUGCAGGCCCUCUCAAGAAGAAUCCAUUGUGGUAAAUAUGUUGCUGAGGUGAAGUUCAAAGAUUCUCCUCAAGAUUAUAGCCCACCAAUACAUGCUAAGGACAACAAUGCUCUGAUGAACCUACUAACAUUCAAGGCGGUUGAAGAAAAGGUCAAGCAGAGAGUAGAGAAGAAGGCCAGGAUAUUCGGACAGAAUGUCACUUUGGAGGAGGACAGUGUUAACAAGCAAGAUGGCAAUGCCUGUGAUAGUGAAUGCAAAGUUGAUCCAAAAGUGCUUUCCAAGAUAUAUGAUCUGUGGGUAAUGCCUUUAACAAAGGAUGUUGAAGUCGAAUAUCUUCUUCAGCGUCUAGACUGAAUCACCAAACAAUUUGAGAUGAACAAGUAUGUUGUAGCCUUUGCCAUAUAGUGGAAAGGCUUUAUCGAAUGUGUCCUUAAAAAUUCGUGUAAAGCUUAUUUUAAUACAUAUGUAACAACUAUGCUGAGUGAUAUACAGCCUCUUGGUUAGUUGAACAACA